AUGUGGACACGUCAGCUGACCAGCGUGACCAAGAUUGCACGCAGCAAAACGAGUAUCACGUGGUGGAAACGCACGUCGUCGACGUCGCUUGAUGUUCGGUCGGACAAAGUGAAAAGGCCUCAGAAUUUUCAGCUUGUGAUCGUGGGUACGGGCUGGGCCGGUUACAAAAUGUUCACCCAAUGCCGCAAACAUCUCGUAGAAAUUGAGGAGAAUAUCGGUCGACCCGUGGAUCUUGUCGUCGUCUCGAAGCGCAAUCACUUCCUGUACACGCCAUUGCUCGCUAGUACGACGGUGGGAACACUGGAGUUCCGAUCUAUCAUGGAGCCGCUACGUGACAAUAUGCUCAGCCACGAAGACGACUUUCACCUCGCCAACGUGCGCGACAUUGACCCGGAGCAUAAAGUCCUGAAUGUCGAGUCGGCUAUCAACACCGGGAGUCACAACCGCAAGUAUAACAUCCAGUACGAUGCCCUAGUGCUGGCUUGUGGCUCAAAGCCACUAACGUUUGGAUUGCCUGGCGUAGAGGAGCAUGCCUUUUUUCUCAAAGAGAUCCACCACGCGCAGAAAAUCCGCAAUCGGAUUCUUGAAAACUUUGAGCUCGCUACGCAGCCAGGCGUGACACCGGAGGAAAAGCAGCGUCUGCUGCAUUUUGUCGUGGUUGGAGGCGGCCCGACGGGCAUCGAAUUCUGCGCAGAGCUGUAUGAUUUGGUGAUGCAGGACCUGGUACAUAAGUACCCAGAGACGUCCAAGCACCUAGGUGUGACAUUGGUGGACUCGAAUGAGAUUUUGAGCGGAUUCGACAAAUACUUGCGUACUGUGGCGCUGCGCAAGAUUCAGAAACGUAACACGAUGAAAAUUGUCAAGAAGAACUGCAUUGAAGUCACAACGAACGGUGUUACGCUUGACAGUGGCGAGAAGAUUCCAGCUGGUCUCGUCGUGUGGACUGCUGGAGUGGGACCAAACGAGCUUACCAAGUCUCUCACCGUGUUUGAGAAGAGUAAGCGUGGCAACAUCCUGACUAAUCAGUACUGCCAGGUGUUGGGGGCCGCAGAGAAGGCACAGUCUCAGGCAACUUACCUUACUUUGUUGCUCCGUGGCAAGAAUCCGACGCCUGCGAAGCCGUAUACUUUCCAGAGCAAGGGCAUGAUGGCAUACUUAGGUUCUUAUGAGGGCCUUUUUGAGGCCCACCCCAGUAACGACGGCCGAAUAACACUUACUGGCUGGAAAGCCUGGUUUCUGUGGCGCAGUGCGUAUUUAACCAAGCUGGGAAGCUGGCGACUCCGUCUACAGGUGCCACUAGACUGGCUUAAGGCAGUCCUCGUGGGUCGUGACGUGUCUAAGUUUUAG